AAAGAAACAAAGCAUAUGAGCGGACUGCGUGCGUCAAAUGCAGAAAGGACGGCGCGUAAUUGCGCUCAUACGCACACGCAGCCGAGUCCUGCCACGCGCACUUGAGUGGCACACCGGGCAGGGUGCGUUCCGCCGAUCACCUCCCUCCUUUUCUCUCUCCAGCAGGCGGAUUGCCUGAGCCUCCUGACAGUGCUGAGGAGAGAGAGACAGAGAGAGAGAGAGAGAGAGAGACUGCAUCAAGGAGCAGGAGCAGUGCGUCUUCAUCGGCAGCGGCGCGUGGGAGUUGUUCUCUCUCCACCUGCCAUUCGCAUCUCGUUUUUUCCCCCUUUAUAUCUGUUACGAUCACCAUCAUCGGACGAGUCCGGACGCACGGGGAGGGGAGUCCCGUUACCGAGGGAGCAUCGCACCGCUGCUGUGCGCGCGCGCGCCUGUGUUUAUGUCUCGAUGAGUGUUUGUCUGUUUGAACUCCAGCUUUCGUCGUAAGACCGGGCUGCUGUCGUUUUUUUUGGACAAACUCGUUGGAAAAUCCGCAAGAAGCCGUGUGGUUUUGUCGUCCGCUCUUCCCAGUUUCCCCCCUCUCUCUUUCUUCCUCUCGGUGUUUUUGAGAGCUGCCUCUCAAGGCGGUGGACUUGAGAGAGUGCGUCUCAAUUUGUGUCUUGGUGGCUGGGAGUUGCCGUCGGGGAGAAAUGCGAGAGGAUGCUUGGACACAGUGAAGGCGACCGCAGGUAACCGAUAAGAUGGUGGCCAGAGAAGCAACUGGGCACAGCUACCUGGUGGCCUGCUGGCAGCCCAUUCUGAUCCUGAUGCUGGGCACUGUGCUUUCUGGCUCCACCACAGGUUGUCCAUCCCGCUGUGAGUGUAAUGUUCAAGAGCGCUCUGUGAUGUGCUACCGCAAGAAACUCAUGACAGUUCCUGAGGGCAUUCCCGCAGACACAAGAGUGCUCGAUCUCAGCAAGAAUCGCAUUAGAACCAUCAACCCAGACGAGUUUGCCAACUUUCUCAACCUUGAACACCUGGAGCUCAGUGAAAACACCAUUUCCACUAUUGAACCUGGAGCAUUCAACAAUCUGUACGGCUUGCGGACCUUGGGGCUGCGUAGCAACAAACUUAAGUUAAUCCAGCUCGGUGUCUUCACAGGCCUAAGUAAUCUCACACAACUGGACAUAAGUGAAAACAAAAUUGUUAUUCUGUUGGACUAUAUGUUCCAGGACCUGUACAACCUCCGAUCUUUAGAAGUGGGUGAUAAUGACCUGGUUUUCAUCUCCCACCGGGCUUUUCAUGGACUAAGUAGCCUUGAGCACCUAAGUCUAGAGAAGUGCAACUUGUCCUCUGUGCCGACAGAGGCUUUUACCCAUCUCCACAGUUUGAUCACUCUCAGGCUGCGCAACCUCAAUAUCAAUGUGAUACGGGAUUACUCCUUUAAACGUCUUUAUAGGCUGAAAGUGCUGGAAAUAGCAAAUUGGCCAUUUUUGGAUACGAUGACCCCAAAUUGCUUGUAUGGAUUGAAUCUGACCUCUCUGACCAUUGCAAAUGCCAACCUGACCACGAUUCCAUAUGUAGCCCUGCGGCAUCUGGUUUACUUGCGCUUUCUUAAUCUUUCUUAUAACCCCAUCCAUACCAUUGAGGGGAAUAAGCUCCACGAUCUUCUGCGUCUGCAGGAAUUUCAUUUGGUGGGAGGCAGACUGGCUAUGAUUGAGCCCUACUCUUUCCGUGGCCUGAACUACCUGAAGAUUUUAAAUGUCUCUGGGAACUCUCUGAACACUUUGGAGGAGUCAGCUUUCCAUUCAGUUGGCAACCUGGAAACCCUUGCCCUGUAUGAUAAUCCCCUGGCCUGUGAUUGCAGACUGUUAUGGGUAUUCAGACGACGCUGGCGACUGAACUUUAACAGGCAGCAGCCCACCUGUGCCUCCCCAGAGUUUGUCCAAGGUAAAGAAUUCAAAGACUUCCCAGAUGUUCUGCAGCCUAACUACUUCACAUGUCGCAGAUCUAGGAUUAGGGAUCGCAAACCCCAGCAGAAAUUUGUUGAUGAGGGAGCCAUUGUUCACUUUGCUUGCCAAGCAGAUGGAGACCCCGCCCCAGUGAUCAUGUGGCUGUCCCCACAGAAAAAGUUCAUCACCACCAAGACGAUUGGAAGGCUCUCUGUGUUGCCAGAUGGUACCCUUGAGGUCCGCUAUGCUCAGAUUCAAGACAAUGGUACAUAUGUGUGUAUAGCUAGCAAUGCAGGUGGGAAUGACACGUCUCUUGCUCACUUGCACAUUCACAGCUACUCACCAGACUGGCCACACCAGCCCAACAAGACAUUUGCCUUCAUCUCCAACCAGCCAGCAGAAACAGGUACAAACGACACGAGAGCCAACGCCCCUUUUCCAUUCGACAUAAAGACAUUGAUCAUUGCGACCACGAUGGGCUUCAUCUCCUUUCUCGGUGUCGUCUUGUUUUGCCUGGUGCUGCUCUUUCUGUGGAGCAGAGGAAAAGGCAACACUAAGCACAACAUUGAGAUUGAGUAUGUGCCACGGAAAUCGGACGCUGGCAUGAGCAGCAGCCAAGUGGAAGCACCUCGCAAGUUUAACAUGAAAAUGAUAUAAUGUGGAGCCUGGGGGGAUUUACUAAUUUUCAACUUAAAAAUAAGACAAAAUGGAAAGGAGGACAUUUUAUUUCCGCUCUUGAAAAACCUGUGGAUCCUGGUCUGUUGUUUGUCCUGACUGGGAUAAGGAUUAGAGAGAAGGGCAGUUCCUGACUUUCACAGGUGAGAGGGAAUGGAAGCUCACCCAGUGCGAUGGGACACUGGUGGAUUCUACAUGGCUGAUGGGGGCAUUAACUAAAAGUCAAAUUUGUCAUAAGCAGUUCCUAUUCCUGUGUGUUUGUACUGGGGGAAAACAAUAACAAGUAAAAAAACACUUAAAAUAACCACAACACAAGGGGAAUAUCAUAUUUUGGCCAUUACUGUAUUUUGUCAGGUUUUUUCAUUUGUUUUUUUUCCCCAUAGUUAUUUGUCAAGUCAUGAAUGAGAUGUGUAUGGGUUGAUGAGCACAUUUACACAACUUGGAUGCAUUUAACUCAUCAUUGUGAUACAUUAUUUUUACAACUGUGAAUGCAAUGUGCUACACUGUCUUUUUCUUUCUUACUGAUUGUGUGUCACAAUACCUUAUGCACUCAGUGGAAAUUGUACCCCCCCCCCCCCCCCCCCCCCCCCCCCCACACACACACACACACACACACACUCUAGCAGAAUACAAAAUGCAGAUACUUAAUUUGGCACAAUGGUAAAUGUGAGAAAUCCAAAACUGUUGGUGAGAUGUAAAACUUCAUUUGAAUGUCACAACUGCUUUGUAACUAUUUUGUUGCCUCAAACAAAUACAACUAUGAGCUCAUGUCCCACCAGAUUUCUUUUAUAUAUAUAUAUAUAUGGAUAUUUUUGAAUACUUAGAUUUGAUGUUGAUUUCUUUUGAUUUUAUAGGUUAUACCUGAAAAUGUCACUCAACCCUAUGAUAACCUGAUAUGAGUGCAUAAGUUACACAUGCACACAGUCCUCUGGUGUGCAUCAGUGCCAGAAAAAAACAUAAGCUGCAGCUCAGUGGUGUGUUGUUAAAGUGGUUUGUGGGGCAUCGGUCAAUUUUUCAAACAUGGAAAUAAAAUUAAAUGACUUAAUCAUACUUGACAUCAUUUAAUAAAUACAUGCACAGUUGCAUAACUUUUUCCAAGAUACUCGGUAGCAGUGUGAGUAGGAGAGCAUUGUCAGUCUUGUGGUAGUGAGGUCACAUUUUUCACCAACCCUGUCACAACUUGUAGUCAGUGAAUCACUGAAAUCAAUUUGAUAUAUCCAGGUCAAGAUGCAGAAGACAGUCUUGUCCUCCUUCAGAAAUGUGUCAAAAGUGUGUCUGACUCUCAGUGGAAGAGGCAGGUGAUCUUUGAGUGAUUGAGCUCGAGAGAAAUGGCAGCAAUGUGGUAGCUUACGCAGGAGUGAGGGUGUAGGUAUAAGUUAAGCUACAAAAACUGAUUUAGUUAGAUUUUAAUGUUGUACCCUCAACAAUAUUGACUCAUACGGUGCCCUGACAUCAUCAUCAUCAUCAUCAUCAAUAAAUCCUUGACACAAAUUCUCCGUAUUGUAUAACUAUAUUAUGUGUGACAAGAUUUAGUUCCGAAAAAUAGAAGGGAAUCAGUUCAAUUAGAACUAGUUAUUUUCACACACACUAAUUAGUGAUAGUGAAUCUGACCCUCUGCAUUUGACCCAUCCCUGUUACACACCAGUGGUGAACACUUAUCUGCACCCAGUUCCGAGCCCAAUCCCUUUCCUCAUGGCCCUGGGCUGUCAUGUGUCCGAGCCCAAUAUCUAAUAUCGGUGUCCUCUAGUUGUAGAUGCAACCCAGACAGCACACACACACACACAAAGAUUGAGGGCAUGACGCAGACAGAAAUGUGAGACGUUGUAGAUAUGAUGCUCUGUAACAAGAAAAGAAGCAGCACUUGUUCUACGGUUCAGCCAAUCAGACUGUGCCGUUGGCAUUUUAACCUUCAAAUAAUGUCCCCAGGAUUAUUUUGAUCACACAUCAAAUUACAACCCGGUGAAUGUCUGUCAAAGCCUGCGCAGGUCUGCAGCGUCUGCAUUGUGCAUACGUCACAGAGAGCAAAUCCUAUAUUGUGUUACAUUAAUACAAUAAAGGCUUAUCCAGAACCUUUUGAAUUGCAUUUAAAAAACGACAACAACAACAAAACUGUUAUGUAACGGUAUUAUUUUGUGCUGAAAAUGAUUAUGAGAAAUACAAGUUGUGGUGCUCCAAUUCUUUUUUGAAUACGAUGUGCUCCUCAAGCUGUAGAAUAUUUCUUUCAUCGUGGGUUAUUUUUCUUUAUGGUUUAAUGAAAUCAGUGAUUUACUCUUCUUGCAGCCCCCCCCCCCCCCCCCCCCCAUCAAAGCCAUGGAUAACUUACCCACCAGGAUUGUUUAAAGAUUUGCUGUCCCCCUCUAAAUGUGCAUUGUUUGUUGGGAGGGGAAAAAAAAGAACUGCAUAUUAUGCUCCAUUUGGUGCUGCAUAGGAAAUGUGAGGUUACAGCCUUACCUUUAUAAGUACACACUGUGGACAGCUGGGCUUGGCGAACGUGUGUGAGAAUAAAGACUAAGUUAUUUAUGAUGGAUGACAUUACAGACAACGGCACAGUAAUGGGCCUGAAGUAUGGACUGAAUAUGCAGAUGGCUGGAGUGACACAGAUGGUUUCACCCAUGGAGCAAUCUGAAGCAGCUUUGGUGUAAUCCGUUUUGCAUAAACGAAAAAAAAAAAAAUAUCACUGGAUAUGGCUCAUGGUUCUCCCUCUUGCUGAUUAUGAAUGCUCUCUUCGUUUAAAGUGUGGCUACUGUACCUAGCCUUUCUUGGCCCCGAGUGACCCUGACAAUUUAUUUUUGUUUCUUUUAUUCCUUUUUAUUAUUAUUAUUAUUUUGACCCUGGACUAUAAUGACCAUGUAGUCCAAGCCAACUUUUUUAUAAAAAAAAGAUACUAAAAAAUAAAUCUAUGGAAAAUACAUUUAAAUUGUUCUGUGCAAUAAAGGUAAUAUGCAGAUUUUUUUUUUCUUUUUUUUUUUUAAAUUAACAAAAUUUUGUUGAUGUUGAAUUGUUGAGAAUAUGGUAUGUUGUAUUAAACAAUCUAUGGACUUUUUCAAACACGUCAUUGUCCUAUCUUGAUUUGAAGGUGUGGUUAGUACAAGCGUUUAAAUAUGGAAAGUGUUUAUCCGUGGGGUUUGGACAGUGCUAGUUUGUUCACUCAGUAAUGUGUAAAUGUUCUCAUACCAUCCACAGUACAGUCCUAUUUCUCUUAGAAUAGAAUAAAAAGCAAUUUUAUUUGAAUAGGGAUGAUACCGUUUAACAGUUUCAAAACAAAUAAUGCAACUGAUGUGCCGUACAGAGAGUUCACAGCUAUGGCAAAUGUCCGACUCUUUGUGUACAACAUGAUCAGCACAAUAAUUGUUACAACAUUCUCCUUCUUCAAUAUAGACGUAUACAAGUAAAAUGUAGUGUUUAUCCACCAUGAACAAUUUAAAUAUGAACAUUUGGGUGUCAUUUUUACGGUCAGUGACCAAAUGAGCAAUUUAAUGUUUGAUUUGUUUGAUUGAAUCCUUCAUUAAACGAUGAUGUAG